AUGUCCGGUAACUCCACUUCCGUCGUCGGUUCUGACGUAGCGCGGCCAAAGUACAACGGCCCGGAGACUGCUUUGGUCACUUUUUACUGGCAGUUCGCCAUUCUGCCUCUUAGACCGGUCGAGGAGACUUUCUCCUUGGACAAUCACCCAUCGCUGUGGAAGGAUCUGUCCAAGUCCGAAACCGCUGAUUCCGUCCACGACUGCAUCCGCAAGAUCGGAGAGGAGCGCAAUGGUGCUGCUAAGCUUUUACUUGCCAUCUUUUGGUCGCACGUUUCGCGACUGAAGAAUGUGGCUCCCCUCUUUUGGUCGGAAGUGCGAAAGGAGGCUUCGCAGCAACUCUCGAAGUUCCACGGUCAACCCGAACAAUACGUUGGCUUGGUCGAGAACGUUGUCUGCAAGAAUAAAGGAUUACUUGGUGGUCUUGUGUCAAAUGAGGGACAGAAGUACUUCAAGGUUGACAGAUACGGCAAUCUCACGUGGCUCUCGGACGCUCUCGGACUCGAGAUGUCGAGGAUCGUCAUUGGAGAACUUCCAAUCUUGGAGUUGACGCUCAUCUAG